CCUACCGCCGUUAAAUUAUAGUUUAUAGUUUUCGUUUUAAAUUAUAGUGGUGCUAGGGCUGCAUUAAUCUAUUUAAGCCUUUGCGUUCUAUUCAUGCAUGCAGGUUGCUGAUUCCUUAAUUAAUUUUCUCUCUUUUCUCUUUGUUAUCUUCUUUUUUUUUGUUUUGUCUUAACAAAGACAUAUACAAAUGGCUCAAGAAAUCGUUCAAGAGGCUUGCCGAUUCAACAGCAUGACCUCUAUGGUCCACCUCUCCAAUCCCGCAAAUUCAAUCGGCUACUCCAUUUCGGCUGUUGAUGAAGAAAUCCCUACGGUUAACUACUGCAUGCUCUUCUCCGGUGAUCCUCAUCAACGGUCUAUUGCCAUCGAGCAGCUCAGCAAAGCAUGCGAAGAAUAUGGAUUUUUCUAUCUGGUAAACCAUGGAGUACCAGAUGGCGUAAUUGAAGGUGCACUGAAGGGAAUUGCUGAUUUCUUCGAACUGACAGAGGAGGAAGAGAGGAGACAGUACAAGAAAAAAGAUCCAACUGAUAGGAUUAUAUGGGACCAGAAUUACCAUGCUGAUCAAAAUAGGGAAUACCUGAAGAUUGUGGCACACCCUCAAUUUCAUUGCCCUAAUAAACCUGUUGGCUUCAGUGAGGCCUUAGAAGAGUACUUCAAGAGAUUCAACGAUGUAAAAAUUGGGUUAGCGAGGGCAAUAUCAAAGGUCCUGGGGUUUGAAGAAAACUAUAUAGAAAAGGCCAUUAAGCUGGAAACAGGAUUUGAUGUAGCUGCAAUGAAUGUGUAUCCACCUAAUUUUCAGUCAAAAGGUUCCAUUGGAGUCCCUUCUCAUACCGACCCUGGCUUCUUUGUUUCACUAAUCCAAGAUGUCGAUGGUGGCCUCCAAGUUUUAUCCCAUAAUGGAAAGUGGAUCAACAUCUACAUACCUCGCAAUGCUUUUUUAAUUCAACUUGGCGAUCAUCUUGAGAUUCUUACCAACGGCAAGUACAAGAGUCAUAUUCAUCGCGUAGUUGUAGAAAAGAACGAGCUUAGAAGAAUCUCCUUAGCCACUCUCCACGGACCAGAUCUCAAUACAUUUGUGGCUCCGGCAGUGGAGAUUGUCGAUGAGUUUCAUCCACCAGCUUACAGGGGGAUGACCUACAAAGAUUUCUUGGAAGCUAAUGGUCAUAGUGAGAUUGAAGUGCAAUCAUGCCUUGAGCAACUUAGGCUUGGAACUAUCUAAUUGAAUUACUAUGUAAACGCUUCAUGAUAAAUAAUGUGGUGGCUUGUCUAAUAUGUGGUUAGAAAAAGAAUAAGAUUCCAGUGGAUUAGAAAUUUAUGUAAUGGAAUGCAGGUUCUGUCAUGAUUCAUAUUAAGCCUAUAUUAAUAAAGAAAAAGAGUUGUAAACCA